AUGCAUAAAAAAAGCCAUUUCUGUACAAAACCGCCCAAAUUCGACAUAACGAUGCUGUAUCCAAUUGCGUUCUUGUUAGCUGCGCUCCUAGUAAGCCAAACGGAAGGCCUUGGAGUCAGGAAGGCAAAGGAAGGCAUGCAAUCUGUGGCAGUGAAAGGCAGGAGGACGUUUAAGUUUUUACAAGACAAGAAACUGGAUGAGAUAAAGACAGACGCCUCUGGUAGCUUCUAUCUUUCCGCAACCAGAAAAGAAUUCAUUAACCCCACAGUCCAGAUUUAUCACAAGUGCGGUUACAGUGGACCAUGCUAUAUGAAGUUUGGAUUCAAUGUUAAGAAGAAAUUCAUCAGCUCUGGUAGCAAACCUCAGGAAGCAUACGACAUCGGAAUACUCGAUCUUCAAUCCACUGGACACCCUAUAACGAUGCAGUAUCCAAUUGCGUUCUUGUUAGCUGCGCUCCUGGUAAGCCAAACAGAAUGCCUCUUGGGAGUUGGUAGGUUGCAGUCUGUGGCAGUGAAAGGUGUUUUGGAGUGUAACGGAAAACCAGCCAAAGAUGUGAAGGUCAAACUUUACGAGAAGGGACGCUUUUUCGACAAGAAACUGGAUGAGAAAAAGACAGACGCCGCUGGUAGUUUCUAUCUUUCUGGAAGUAAAAGAGAAAUCACCAACAUUGACCCCAAAGUCAACAUUUAUCACAGGUGCAACUACCAUGGACCAUGCUAUAAGAAGUUUGGAAUCACUAUUCCGGACAACUUCAUCAGCUCUGGUAGCAAACCUCAGAAAUUAUUUGACAUCGGAAGACUCAAUCUUGCUGGAAGAAUGCCUGGACAAACUACGGAUUGUUUGAACUAGAGAUCGACU